AUGGAAUCAUACAUCACUGACAACAACAGCUUCCCCCAACUCAUGCAAUCAACCGAAAUUUAUCCACAACUACCAUCACCCGAGAUGGCAGUAUCCGAUCAGUCAGAAGGAGAAGUACCCUCAUCACCAUCACAACAUUCUCAGUUGAUGACACCUCCACCAUCUUCCGAUUUACAAAUAUUAACAAACGAGCAAGAAGAGCAUGACAUCGAGUUGGAUGUUACAGGAGCCGAUGGAUAUAAUAAUGUAUUCAUGUACAUGUCUAAUGAUUUUAGCGUUGAUGCGUUAAUAGAUCAAUUCGAUUCUAUUCCAACAUGUGAAGAACUUUGUCAAACACUAAACAACUGGACAGAUUCAUACAAGGCAGAACAAACAAUUUGUUCUUCGUGUGGACAAGCAUUUGUAGAAGGCACUUUAUGGUGCAUAACAUGCGACGCUGAUCAAAUAAUAGUCGAUGACGCAUGGGCAGAAAAUGCAGAAAUAGUUGACGAUUCAGAUGAUAUGGGUCAACAGUUAGAAAUGCUCGACUAUGAAUUUCUCGGCCCGUCUUUGGAUGGUAGUGAUAUUGAUCAGAAGCAAUGGAUCGAAUUGCUUGAAAAUGGAAUGUUCUCGAACACCGAAGGAGGGAGCGAAGAAGAUAUAAACAAAAUAGGGCACUUU